AUGGGGUUUUCAAAGCUGGAGGCAAUUCCAAUGCUUGAAGCCAGUCUUUCAUUUGCAUGUGUGGACGAGAAGAGUCAGUUUGAAGUGGCGACACUUAAGGCCUUUGACGGUCAUGCUUCCUCUUUUUUUUGGAUAAUUUGGGUAGGAGGGGUUGGGGUUGUAGCAAUGGGGUUGGCUAUGGGUUUGGGUUGUGCAAUUGGAGGGAUUGGGGUUGGGGUUGGAGCAAUGGGAUUGGCUAUGGGUUUGGGUUGUGCAAUUGGAGGGGUUGGGGUUGGGGUUGGAGCAAUGAGGUUGGCUUUUGGUUUGGGUUGUGCAAUAGGAGGGGUUGGGGUUGGAGGAAUGGGGCUGGCUUUGGGUUUUGGUUGUGCAAUUGGAGGGGUUGGGGUUGGGGAGGGGUUGGGGUUGGGGUUGGAGGAAUGGGGUUGGCUUUGGGUUUUGGUUGUGCAAUAG